AUGUCUCAGGCCCCGGAAGCUCGUCUCAACCUGCCCGCCGAUAGCCUGCCUCAGCACAACCGCGAGCUGACCUUGCGGAGGUACAUGCUGCUCCAGGAUGAACACGAGUCCAUCCGUCAGCAUCUGGAUCAAAUCUCCACCACAUCGUCUUCUUCAGCAACCACCAAGACAACGACGUCGCCCACGCUUGGCCCCACACGCCCAUCCGGGCACACGCGGACCGAAUCGGCCGCGAGGAGGGCGAGCAUGCCGCAGUACGACAUGCCGCGUCCGCGCUUCCACCGACGGGCCGGAGCGCGGGUUACCUCCGCCGAGCUGGAGACGUCCUCUGACCCUGCUACCCUGGCGCAGGUGGCGACCGAGGAGGCCAGACUAGUCUCGGUGAACGAGGGUAUCAAACGGGCCUUGACGGAGCUGCUCAACUGCGAGACCGUGCGCUCCGACCAGGCCUUCCGGAGCUUCUGCAUGACGAGGCUCAUGGAGACAGAGCAGGAGCUCCGGUGUGGCCGCAGGAGGAGGAGCUGCCCUGUCGACUGA